CUACAUUUUUGUCAUCGACCACCACGACGAGCAAGCCCCCAGUCGCGUCUGCAACUCUCAGAGAAGGCGCCGAGGACGCGUCUCAUGCUAUCUCUGGGUGCACAGGCCGUUCGAUGUGUCAAAAAGCAUCGUACUCCAUGGCUUUCCCUUUACUACUCGACAUCUCGCAAGCCACCGCCUACAGACCUGCCCAAGGAUAAAUGGAAUUACAAUACCAGUCCGCUCUUCAGCCCUAUCGUCAAGGAUACCAGCAAGUAUCCUAUCGUCACCGCCAAUGGCCUCGAAUCGAAUACGACGGCACCACGCAGUGUGAAGAUGCUUGCUCGGGAUUUCAUUGAAGAUUCCCUGUACAAUCCGAACUAUGGUUAUUUCUCCAAACAGGCUACUAUUUUUGAUUCCAAACAAACGCCUUUUAUCUUCUCAAAGCUCCGAGAUACAAUGGAAUUUGAAGCAGAGGUUUCCAAGAAGUAUGCGGCGUACGAGGCGGACCAGCAGUUGUGGCACACACCAACUGAGUUAUUCAAGCCUUGGUAUGGCCAGGCAAUUGCCCAGUGCCUCGUCUCAGAGUACCUGUUGAAGUACUUUCCUUACGAGGACUUCAUCAUCUAUGAAAUUGGUGCUGGAAAUGGAACCCUCGCCCUCAACAUCUUGGAUUAUCUCCGUGACGAAUAUCCAGACGUAUACGAGCGCACCCGCUACACCAUUGUUGAAAUCAGUGCAAACCUUGUUGAGCUUCAAAAAAACAAAUUGCACGAUGUACACCCAUGCGUGAACGUGGUGCAUAAAAGUGUGUUUCAUUGGGACAAGCGCGAACCCGCUCCGUGCUUCUUUAUGGCCAUGGAAGUCAUCGAUAACUUUGCACAUGAUGUUAUUCGAUAUGACAUGGAGACUCUGGAACCAUAUCAAGGAAUCGUUGUUGUUGAUGAUGACGGUGACUUUGACAUGGUCUAUACACCCAUCAGCGACCCUUUGAUAUUAGCUUUCAUGGAAUUGCGCAAAACUCUCGCGCAUUCUCCACCUAUCUCAAGGAUAUUCCAGUCCUCGCAGUUGUUGCGAAAGAUUUACCGCAUGCUCCCAUUCGCAGCAAACAUGUCUGUAGAGGAAUACAUCCCAACUCGCCUUUUGAGUCUUCUACGAACGCUGCGAAAUCAUUUCCCCCGCCAUCGUCUCCUUCUAUCAGAUUUCUCGCACCUUCCUGAAACUAUUUCGGGCGUCAGCUCUCCUGUUGUUCAAACACGUCUCAAGAACACAACGAUUGCUACUGAUACACUCCUAGUUCGCCCGGGGGCUUUCGAUAUAUUCUUCCCUACCGAUUUCGAUAGGCUUAGAGACAUGUAUGAGUACACUCUAUCCCAACCACCUACGCUACCGCGUUCAUCUUCCGACAAUUUUCUACCCUCACGUUCAACACCGUUGACAUCGCAUUCCUUGUCCUUGUCAUUGGGGGCCGACUACUUUUCAUCCCGCCGUCGGACCGAUCGCCGAACGCCUCUCGAUGGAGUGACAUCUGCAAGUGGUCUGCCUGUGGGAGAACGAAAAUCAAGCGUGUUCACGCAUGCUGAGUUUUUGGAGACAUACGCAGACCUGUCGCAGACAAGGUUGCGGAAUGGGGAGAAUCCCAUGCUUGAUUUUUACAAGAAUGUCAAGUUUUUGUUUUGAGUAAUGGAACUUGUAAUUUAUUGUAUUCAAGUCUUGCGCCAACCAACCAAUGACAAGAGAUGGAUUCGCG